UCCAACCUGUCGCCUGAAAAUAGGCCACCCUUCUCCAUUGAUGUCGCAGUGGGCUGGCCGCCGCUGGCCUGCUAAAACAGUGGUGCAAACUGUAAUAAUAUCCAUUUUCAGGGCCUAUCUUCCACAUCUCUUCAUCCUCCUUUUUUACCUCUGCUUCGUUCAGCUUAAGCCUCUUUAGACGCAAUCAUCGAAACCCCCCUUUCUCUUUCCAAAUUUAGGUCUCUCUCUCUCUCUCUUUUUCUCUCUCUGUCUCCAUUAAUCUCUUCCAUGUUUUAAAUUAAAUAUUUAUCUUCUAUUUGACAUUUAUUAUAAGUUUAAUAGUAAUUGAUAAUCUUCUGUUUGAUUUUUCUAUUGGGUGAUUUUUUUUUUAAGGUUUGCGUUUUCUAUUUAUCUUUUAUUUUCUGGGAUUUUUGUUUUCUGUUUUCUGAGUUGAAAAAAAAUUUGAGCUUUUGAACACUGGGGCAUUUUAAAGGUUUGUUCUUUCUUUUUUCUGUGAUGAGAUUUUAAUUUCUUUGUUUUGGGUUUUUUAGGGCAGUUUUAGCACUUGUUUUUUUUUAUUGGGAUUUUGUGGUACUAUGUCAAUAAACCUGUAAAUGUAAUGAAAAAUGCCCAAUUCAAAAUAGAACCACCAUUGUACACUGCAGAAACGAUGAACAUACAGACCCAUUUGGAAGAAGAAGAUGAAGAUAUAGUUGGAGGUGGGGAGGAGUCCGUAGAAAACCCUAACAUCCAUUAUGAAAACGGCAAUGAAACCGAUGGUGGUGUAGAUGGUGUUCUCCCUAGUGGCAUUCGUGAUACUGGUGGACCAGAUUAUCCUUUGGUGGUUGCAAAUGGCGGCAAUGCUGACCAGCUCACUCUGUCUUUCCAGGGGGAGGUUUACGUGUUUGAUGCUAUUGCCCCAGAUAAGCAGGUGCAGGCAGUGCUGUUACUUUUAGGUGGUUGUGAAAUCCCUUCUGGCAUCCCUACUGCAGGGACAGUCCCUCUUAACCUGAGGGUUCCAAGUGACUUGCCUGGAAGGUCAAUUCAGCCUCAGAGAGCAGCUUCUUUACAUCGGUUCAGGGAGAAGAGAAAGGAACGUUGUUUUGAUAAGAAAAUCCGUUACAGUGUCCGGAAAGAAGUUGCACUUAGGAUGCAGCGGAAGAAGGGACAAUUUGCUUCAUCCAUGGCUAGUUCUGAUGAAGCAGGCUCAGCUUCUUCUGGCUGGACUGCCACACAGAGUUCUGGACAAGAUGACAUGCUAGAAACUUCAUGUAAUCAUUGUGGAACCAGUUCAAAGUCCACUCCACUGAUGCGUCGUGGGCCAGCUGGUCCAAGAACCCUUUGUAAUGCAUGUGGGCUUAAGUGGGCUAGCAAGGGAAUCUUGAGAGACCUUUCCAAGAUUUCAAGAAUGGCUAUACAAGGUCCUCCUGCAAAGUCAAUUGAACAGAGUGAAGGUAAAGCUAAUGGCAUGGAUGCUGUAACCGUGGCAGCAGAUAUAGUCUCAUCUUUUAACGGCGAUAAUUCAACUUUGACUGCUGAAACAUGAAUCAAUAUAGCUGCAUCCAUUGCAGCAGGUGCUGUUUGAUGUGAGAAAAGCAUAUGCCUCACGAUUAACUUCUCUUGAACGUGUAAGUCGAUAGUUGUUUCCCCUGCAGCAAGUGCCAUCCAGACAUCAGAAAACAGAUUUACAACCUGUGUAAUAACAUUUUUCUGCUUUGCUUCAACCAACUGUGCAUAUAAAUAGGUGCCUCUUGUCACAUAUGCAUGUAAACUCUUCUGAAGCAUUUGUGCACAUAAGCUUCAAGUUAGAAGAGCAAUCUUGAAAUGUCAUGUAAUCUUUUGUUUCUCUUCAAUUAUUCAAGCUGAAAAAAGGCAGCAAGGUUCUUUGGUA